CCAUUUCUCUUUUUACUUUCUGGAGCGCCUCUAGGCAUAAGAAGGAGGCGUCUCUGCUCACUUCAGACACCUUGUUUCACUUUGGGAGGAUGAGAUCACCAAACGGCAGCAGUCUGGGAUGUUUGCGCUACUCUUGCGCCCCACAUUAGUAAUCCUGCCCCCCUGCAGAACAAAUCCGCUGGACGGGUGCCUUCCUCAGAAGACACAAGGGGGACUCGAGCAAGCCUGCAUCAAAGCUUUGACUAUUGCAGACAACUAGGAGCGCAAAAACCUGGUUUGGCAUGUUUUUGUGCGCAAGUUUGCGCGCGUCGGGAUGGAGAGGCUGGAGGCUGCUGCUGCUGCUGUGCGUCGCCGCUGCCAGUUUGGUGCUGAUUGAUGGACGGAGGGUGAAGCAGCCCAGAUGCCCCGCUGGAUGUACGUGCACCAAGGAUAAUGCCCUGUGCGAGGAUGUCCGCUCCGUGCCGCACGCGUUCCCCUCCGACGUGCUGUCUCUGUCUUUUGUCAAGUCAGGAUUCAGUGAAAUCACCGGGGGCAGCUUUGUGCACACUCCCCACCUGCAACUCCUAUUAUUCACAGCAAACACGUUUGAUAUAAUUGACGAGGAUGCGUUUGCUGGUUUACAUCACCUCGAAUACCUAUUCAUCGAAAACAACAGAAUUGCAUCAAUAUCUCCAAAUGCCUUCCGGGGCCUGAAGGCUUUGAUCCACCUGAGUCUGGCCUACAACAACCUGGACACGCUGCCCAGAGAUGUUUUCAAGGGCAUGGAUGCUUUGAGCAAAGUAGAUCUGCGAGGCAAUAAUCUGAUUUGUGACUGCAAGCUGAAGUGGUUGGUGGAGUGGAUGCAUCAAACCAACGCCACCCUGGACCAGAUUCACUGCAGCGGCCCCCCCAUUCACCAAGGGAGGAAGAUCAACGACCUGCUGCCGCACUCUUUUGACUGCAUCACAACAGAGUUUGCUUCCUAUCAGCCGCUGAAGUUUGAGUCGAUUUCCGUGGAGGCGUUCACCUUUGACAAUGAGCAGUACGUCGUGUUUGCUCAACCUUUCGCUGGGACCUGCAGCUUCCUGGAAUGGGAUCACGUUGAGAUGACCUUCAGAACUUAUGACACCAUCGAAAGUACCUCCACUGUCGUCUGCAAGCCCAUGGUGAUUGACCAUCACCUCUUUGUCAUUGUGGCUCAGCUGUUCGGGGGCUCUCAUAUUUACAAGCGCGACACCUCUGCUAACAAGUUCAUCAAGAUCCAGGACAUCGACAUUCUCAAGAUUCGCAAGCCCAAUGACAUUGAGACAUUCGUGAUAAAUGGGGAGUCGUUCUUCGUCAUCGCUGACAGCUCUAAGGCUGGCUCCACAACUGUGUACAAAUGGAAUGGGAAUGGCUUCUACACCCAUCAGUCGCUCCACCCCUGGUACAGGGACACAGACGUAGAAUAUUUGGAGAUCUCAAACAAGCCCCACCUGAUUUUGUCCAGCAGCUCCCAGAGACCUGUGGUGUACCAGUGGAACAGGAGCCAGAAAAAGUUUGACAGAAGGACCGACAUACCAGAUAUGGAAGACGUCUUCUCUGUCAAACAUUUUUGGGUGAAAGGUGAUCUGUUCAUAUGCCUGACAAGAUUCAUCGGGGACUCCAGGGUGAUGCGCUGGGACGGUGCCAUGUUCAGAGAGGUUCAAACAUUUCCCUCCCGUGGCUCUAUGGUCUUCCAGCCCGUCUCCGUCAGCAACUGGCAGUAUGCCAUCCUGGGAAGCGAUUAUUCACUGACGCAGGUCUACCAAUGGGACACUAAGAGGGGCCAGUUCAUUCCAUCCCAGGAGCUGAAUAUCCAGGCUCCCCGAUCAUUUUCUGUGGUUUCAGUUGACAACAGAGUUUUCCUGCUUGCAUCCAGCUUCAAGGGGAAAAGUCAGAUAUUUGAGCACCAUGAGAUUGACCUGAGUGAUUGAACCCAAUAUCUGAGAGAGAGAAAAAGGCUUUCGGUUAUUCAGCAAGACCCAUUCAAAACAUUUUCUAAAGUAAUAAAACAAAAUAUAAAGUGAAAUCUAAAUAUUCUAGGGGGGGAUCUAACAUACAUGACCUGGACCAUUAUUUAAAAUUAGACAUAGAGGUAGUUUCAAUUGUAAAGUUCACUAAUUUGUUUCUUCAGAACUUGUUAUUGGCAACUCUGUCUCUUCUGAAAAAUCCCUAUCCUACCCAUUUCAAUUACUUUUUUGCAUUUUUUGAGGAAAUAAUGCCAUAAAGUCAUGUUUUUAUCUGCUCUUCAGUAUUGCAUCUGUUAUUGCUAAAAAAAGUGUUACAUAUUCGCUCACACGUUUACUGUAUUCCUUAGUAAUAGAAACAGCCUAGAGGUUUAAGAAUGUUGAUGGUCGUUUAGAGCUUGAUGAAAAAGUGAAAUGUAUACAAGAAGGAAUGUGGGGAUAAACUUCCAAAAGUCUUUGAAGAAAACUAGAUUCAUUACAAACUAAUUGUUGGUGCAACAAUAGCUUUGGUCUGACCUCAACCACUUUUAAAGAAAUCAGAUUGUUGGAGUCUUUGUGAUCAAAGUAAAGAAUCCUAUCUCUCAUAUUAUAAGCCUCUGGAAGAUACUAUGAGGGACUGAAAUAUGACAUCAUGUAAUUAAUAUACUUCUACAAACCAUUGUCCUAGAAGAGAAACGUUUUGGCUCAGAACACCCUGAAUAGCACUGACUCAUAGUCUUGGUUGGAUAGUCUGACACCAGAGGUAGACAAUUCUAGUCUUCAGGAGCUGCUGUUCUGCUUCUUUGUUGUCCUUACAGCUUCUAAUGGGCUUAAUACACCAGGUCAAGAUAAUCAAUGGUGGAGCACAUCAAGAAUUGGAGGCCUGGUACUUUCCUUUUUUCUGUCACAUAUACAGUAAAUCACACUCGACAUACCCUUCAUAGGAUAAAAUGUUAAUGGGAAUUUAGGUACUUUUGAAAUAGCGUCCCAUCAAUGGCAAUAGCGUCUAGCUAUAUAUGUAUUAGUCUCUGCCACCGUACAGCUUAAUGUAUACUUCCCAACGGAUUGCUUUUAAAUUUUGAGGAAGUCUUACCACAAGAGUUAUCAAAAAACUGUCCGACAGAAUGCUAUAUUUGAAGGACUCCAAUGCAAAAGUACCUCUUAUUUUUUUAUUGCAUACUCUUGUGAUAUUUGGGUGUCAGAUGGCUGUGUAUGUUCAUCCUGCUCGUUUCUGCUGAGUCAUAGGCAUUUAUUUCAUUCUUAGACUGUGAUAAGAGAUCUUUAGUCAUCUGUGAAAAUAUUUGUGUUUUUUAAUAAAUGGACAAUCUCACAAAUGUGCAAAAACCUCAUCCCUUUUUAGAACUAUGCCUUUAACAUGCUAACACACCAACUAAAAGAGAUUACAUCUUCACUAUUAGCGGAUUAUAGCUGUGGUCUUCAGUCUUUACCAAUUAUUUUCCACCUACAAAAGUGUGAAGAACAGUCCAAAAACACUGUGAGAAAUUGCAAACAACCGACUGCCUGCGUGAUGGAUACAUUCAUAGAGUUGUAAUGAAUAACUCGCCAGAAGCAUCCCACUGGAUCAUCCAGCCUUCUCUCCACUUCUCCUUUUUCUCCCUCUCUGACAAAACCAUUGUUGUUGUUUUUUCUAAAAGCCGGCCACUGUGCAGCAAAUGCUACCUGUCCUUUCAUACUCUCCUCUCUUUCAGAAACAAAACAAGCUGAAUAUUGAUAACAGUGUCCCUUGCAAAAAAAUUGCCAAAUAGAUUUGACAUGUUUACAGUACUGUGUAAAGUAAUUUAUAUCAACUUUGUAUGUAGAUACAAGACUCUGUUAUUUUGAUAGCCUGUAAAAUCAAGUGUAACCCAUAGAAAAUGUUUAACCUACUUGUAUAAUUAGUGUUUAUUCUUAGAGAAUAUUAUUUUUUUGUUGUCUUACUCAUUGUAUUUUAUAUUUGUAGUAAUAAAAAAAAUGAAAUAGAAACCAA